AUGCAUUUGGUAAAUGGAGCAGAGGAUAUCAUGUUCACUCAUCCCUCUAACAGAAAUUUUGUGACUGCAUAUGGUGCCAUCUUAACUGGAUCCCUGGCGCUGGCUGAUCCUGAUCAGACGGCUGAGAAUGCAGAUAAUUAUAUGUGGUUUGCAACUGCUAUGUAUCUCUCCCAAUAUGACUGGACCAGUGUUAUUGCGGGUAAACGACAGGCGAAUGGUGUUGGUCGCCGUUCCAUCUCGACUGAAGCCGAUGGUUGGAAACACACGCAUCAUUUCAGGAAACACUCACACCACUGGGGGAAGCACCACCAAUAUACAACUGAGCUCGAGAAGGACGACGAUGAUGAGCUUCUGUGA